AUGAUUCAAUUAUCGAUUACAUUUGGUUGUAUUGCAUUAUUUCAUUUUACACCACCGGUCCGUGAAUAUGUACAAAGUCAAAAUGGCAGAUGGCUUUAUUUUGCAUCAUAUGGUGUUUUCCUGGUUACUUAUUUUGCAUUGGUUUGUUCACAACGUGCAGCACGAAGAUAUCCACUUAACCUUAUUUUACUUGGCAUUUUGACAUUAUCAAUGAGGUAUAUGAUGGGUGUGAUUUCAGCAUAUUAUAAAAUUGAAUCAAUUUUGAUUGCUGUUGGUAUAACAGCAGUUGUUUGUUUCGGUGUCACAUUAUUUUCAUUUCAAACAAAAUAUGAUUUUACAUCAUGUUUUGGAGUUUUAUUUGUUAUGUCAUUAGCACUUUUAGCUUUUGGAAUUGUUUGUGCUUUUACUUAUUCAAGAAUAUUGUAUACAGUCUAUGCUGGUCUUGGAGUUGUAGCUUUUUCGAUUUUCUUGGCUGUUGAUGUCCAAUUAAUUAUGGGUGGAAAACGACACGAAAUAAGUGCUGAAGAUCAUAUUUUUGCAUCACUUAUGCUUUAUAUUGAUAUUAUUUAUAUAUUUGUAUUUAUUCUGAGCUUGGUCAGUAAUCGGGAAUGAAAUUAUCAUUUAACAACGAUAUUUUAGUAUUUUUCAUACCAAAUAUAUUUAUUAUCGAGCAGUUUUCUUUCAAUUUUUUGUUGUCCACAUCUUCUUCUUCGUCUUUUUUCAUUUUUUCUAUUGAAUAUUCAACGUUUGCUUCAGUAAGAUUUCAUAUAUAAACAUCUACAUGUAUACUUAAUCAUGCUUGUGAAGAACAAUAAAUUUAUAUUUGUGCGUCUUUGUCACAUCAUCAUUGUGUGAAAUCAAUAAUAAACAAAAGAAAACCUUUAAUUCAAGGUCGAGGGUGUGGGUGUAGUUUUCUUCUUUAUAAACAUGGAUACCCACACUUCAAAUAAUUAAUCCCAACAUUGAUCUGAUUCUAUUAGGAUCCAUUAGAAUCCAUCAGUAUCCACCAGGAUCCAUCGGGAUCCACAAGCAUCUACUGGAUCUGAGGAUCCAGGAUCCGAUUUUCUUCCUUGUGUGUACUUCUUUUACACUCACAUUCCCUUCUAUUUUUUGUUGAUUUUAACCAUCUAGUUUACUCUAUUCAUUCUUGUUAAAAAUUUUGCAUUUACUCACAUGUCUGUACAAUUGGGUGAGUUUAUUCUCUUUUUUUUGUUGACUUCAAUCGUCAACCUUGCCCAAUUCAUCAUCGUUUUAAAUUUUGCAAUCACAUUCACAACUACAGUUUUUUUUUCGUUCGGUUACCUUCCCAUGUUGUUUUUGUUAUUCAUAGUCUGCUUCACAGAACUCGUCAAUAUUAAUAAAACUGCAUCUGUUUUUUAAGACUACGGGUGUGGGUGUGGGGUAUGGGUGUGGGUGUGGUGUGUGUGGGUGUGGAUGUGGGGGUGUGGGUGUAGCUAGGGUGUGGUUGUGGGGGUGUGGGUGUAGCUAGGGUGUGGUUGUGGGUGUGGAUGUGGGGGUGUGGGUGUGGGUGUAGCUAGGGCGUGGUUGUGAGUGUGGGUGUGGGUAUUUAUAUGUAUCAAAUUCCGAUGCACACCGACACCCACACCCACCCAACGCACACCGACACCCACCCACACCCACACCCACACCCCACCCACACCCACAUCCAUACCCACACCCCACCCACACCCACAUCCACCCCACACACCCACACCCAUACCCACACCCCACAGCCACAGCUACAGCCAAUUCGAUAACAAUGUAGAACAGUUGAACGUUUUAUCUAGUAUUGUUUUUCAUAGAAAAACAAUAAUUAAUUGACGAUUUUCAAUAGAAUCAAAUUGUUUUCUAUAAAAUGAUUUAAUCGAGAGUUAUAUCAUUUUAUAUUAAAAUGAAAUUUUUCGAUAUAUUUCUCUAUUUUUCCCUAUAGUGACAGGCAAAAUUUUAGAGUAGUUGUAUUUUUGAGUUUUCUUCACGAUGUUAAUAGCUAAACAUAAUCUGAAAAUGCAUUUGAGUAGCUGAAAGGGUUUUCUAUAAUGAUUGAUGAGUCCAAAGAACCGAAAUAAUUAUUUGAAUGGAGGUACCGGCAAAACCAAGGCCCUUAAAAUCAUUUGACUGACUUGUAUUUAAACUCUUUAGAAAAAGAUUUUAUUUAAUACAACAAAUUA